AUGUCUACUUUUAAAACAACUACUACUACUACUACUACUAGCACUACUGCUAUCCCAAAGAGCCCAUCCAAGGUGUCUAAAUUCUUACUUGAUCCCUGGUCUACUGCCAAAGUCGUUGUUCCAUCUGCUGCUAUUCAGCUCAUACUUCAUAAAACAGUCAUCAGCAAGACUACUUUACGUGAACUAACACUUGGUUUAACCUUGCUCAAUGCUAUCUGGUUUGCUACUACUCUUAACUUGAGUUAUCUCGAGACCCCGCUUCUCGCCAAUGUACCAAGUCUAGAUGAAUGGCAGAAAUUGGACGUGGGCCGUCACAGAUUCAGCUGGAUUAAUAAAAUCGAGGCUGCUGUCAGUUUGAUCAGUCUUGACAUGUUUUUGAACUGGAACGGUCGAAUCAUCAAGCACAACGGGUUCGUUGACAACGCACUCAAGGCAGCUGUCAUUGCUCCAGUAGCCAUCACUGUCAUUCAGUCUGUCUACUUCUUGCCACGAUUAAAUAAGCGUGCGGCCCAGGUCAGUCGCGCCGAGGUUACCACAAAGGAACUCUGGGACCGUGACCCUUUCUUCUUGAAGGGCCAUCGUGGUUACAUUGCCUUGGAUACCAUCAAAGUGUCUGCUUUGGCUGUGGCUGGUCUUCGUUUUGGUUUGAUGCUGAAAAACUAA